AGACUUAGGAAAAGGUUGUAUAUUUAUGUGAUCGUGGCAAAAUUUGAUUGACCGGAGCUUCUUGAUGAACAUUCACAGGUGUUUUUGGUAGAAAUGGAAAGAUUUGUUUCUGAAUAAGAAACCUCAAUUCCUGUAAGGUAUUUGAAAUGCUUCAAGAUGCCAGGUCUGGACCGUGGCAGAUGUUUCCAGUUGGCUCUUCUUCUUCUCAUCGUUCCUGCACAGUACUUUCUUACUCAGUGGAAACCAACAACAAGCUCACAGAGGAGUGUAGAAAUUGAAAGAUUGCUAACCGGACUUCAUACAUGGCAUGGCAAGUUUACCAAUCCUAACUGGUGGAAACAGAGAGGUCAAAAUGCCUGGAACACAAUGUCAGAUUUCCUUAAUCACUUUGAGAAGUAUGGCGAAAAGAUCGUCUACGGAGAUUCUCGGAAAGACGAUCUUGAUGAUGAUCCAGACGGCGAGUCUCCAGCUUAUGAAGUCUUGAAAUUCAGAGAAAGCAAUGGAUUUUUUGGUGGUUCAACUGAGAAAAGAAGUCCGCGACCAAGGCAUGUUAAAUUCCGUAUAGGCCAGGUAGUCAGACAUAAAAGGCUGGGAUACAGAGGAGUUAUUGUAGGAUGGGAUUUAACUGCGAAGGCUCCGGCACAAUGGCUUAGCGAUAACAUACCCCGAGAUCAAAUACACACUCUGAAAUUCCCAUUCUAUGCUCUUGCUAUUGAUGUGCGUGAUAUGCAUGUACCUGUCCCUAUUGUUGUCUACCAUAGUGAAGAAGAUCUUGAAGUUAUGACUAUUCCAACCAUGGUUCAGCAUCCUCAGGUAGACGAGUAUUUUACGGCAUAUGAUGGAUCAAGAUUCUUGGCCAGGUCAUGGCUAAAGAAGAUAUACCCUCAUGAUCAAUGAUGUAUCGUUAAUAUGAUGUCACAAUAUAAUAUUUAAUCAACCUCAGGCCUCAUCCAUUCAUGGUAUGGUAACUUGUCUUGAAAGCCACUGUGGCCACAAACAAAAAAAGCCUUU